AUGGCAACGCCCCAGAAUUCAACCGGAGAAAAUGGCUUUUGUUUCGCUCAGACACUCAACUUCUCCCACCCGUCUCCUCCUCCUGGCGAGGCCGGCCGGACCUUCGACGCCCCGAGCAGGCGGGAGCCAUGCGGCACCCCGCUGAGCAACGGCACGGCAUCUUCUGGCGUGCCCAGCCCCUCCGACUCGUGCGCCGAACCCCUCUGCUCCACCAACCCGGGAGAGGAGGAGACCCAGUUCGGCAAAGGGAUUAAAUAUGUGUCGGCUGAAGGGGAGGAACUGGCAUGCGGCUGGGGGGGGUUCACCCCCAGGUGCUGCCAGCUCUUUAACACGUCCAAGGGCAUCUUGUUCUUCCUCUGCGUGGCCUCCUUCCUGCAAGGCAUGACGGUGAAUGGCUUCAUCAACACGGUCAUCACCUCCAUCGAGCGGCGCUUCGACCUCCGCAGCUAUCAGAGCGGGCUGAUCGCCAGCUCCUACGACAUCGCAGCAUGCAUCUGCUUGACCUUUGUCAGCUAUUUUGGGGGAAACGGACACAAACCGCAAUGGCUGGGUUGGGGCGUGCUGGUCAUGGGCUUGGGCUCCCUGCUCUUUGCCUUGCCCCACUUCACCACGGGACGGUACGAGGCGCAUUCGGCGGCGGAGGUGGGCAUCUGCGGGGGGAACCAGAGCCUGCCCUGUGCCCAGGCUGCCUCCAGCCUCUCUGGCUACAGGUUCGUCUUCAUGCUGGGGCAGUUCCUGCACGGGAUGGGAGCCACGCCGCUCUACACGCUCGGCGUCACCUAUUUAGAUGAAAACGUCAAGACUAACUACUCCCCUGUGUACAUUGCUGUUUUCUACACUGCUGCAAUCCUUGGGCCUGCAGCGGGUUAUCUGGUAGGAGGAAUGUUUCUAAAUAUUUAUACUGAAAUUGGCAGAGAGAUUGACAUCACCCCAGAGAACACGCUGUGGGUGGGAGCAUGGUGGAUCGGCUUCCUUGGGGCCGGAGCAGCCUCCCUCCUCAUCUCCAUCCCCAUCCUGGGGUAUCCCCAGCGCCUCCCAGGAUCCCAGCGGUAUAUCGUUAUGAGGGUGUCAGAGGCUCAUCAGCUAAAGGAUGGGAGCCACAAAAAAGCAUCGGAUCCGGACUUUGGGAAAACAGUUAAAGAUCUGCCUCGAUCAGUACUGCUGCUUCUGAAGAACCCCACCUUCAUCUUCCUCUGCUUAGCGGGAGCGACCGAAGCCACCCUCAUUGCUGGGAUGUCCACAUUUGGACCCAAGUUCCUGGAGUCUCAGUUUAGUUUAAGUGCCUCUGAAGCUGCUACCUUUUUUGGUUAUCUGGUUGUGCCAGCUGGAGGGGGAGGCACAUUCCUGGGAGGAUUCCUUGUGAAUAAAUUUAAACUGCGCUGUUCAGGAAUCAUCAAAUUGUGUUUACUUUGCACAGUGUCGAGUCUGCUGGCUAUAUUCAUUUUUUUUAUUCACUGCCCUAACAUGCCGAUGGCAGGAGUAACCCAGAUGUACGAGGGAAGUGCUUUGCCUGGUGGCCGCCUAAACCUGACAGCAGCCUGCAACACCGAGUGUGACUGUCUACAGGAGACCUACAGCCCUGUCUGCGGGAGCGAUGACAUUAUGUAUUACUCUCCCUGCCAUGCCGGGUGCAAAAAAGUGUCUGAAAACCUCAGGAAUGGCAAGAAGGUCUAUCACGAGUGUAGCUGCGUUGAGAAGACUGUUCUGCCCGGCCCCGGCGACGCAGAGGCAGGGAAAUGCACCUCCUCUUGUGCGAAAAGGCCCCUGCUCCUGUUCUUCAUGUUCAUGGUGAUCCUCUUCACCUUUCUGAGCAGUAUUCCUGCCCUGACAGCCACGCUGCGGUGUGUCUCUGACAGGCAAAGGUCAUUCGCACUCGGGAUCCAGUGGAUUGUAGUACGAACGCUAGGAGGCAUCCCUGGCCCCAUCGCCUUUGGGUCCAUGAUCGACAAAUCCUGCCUGCUCUGGCAGGACCAGUGCGGCGAGCAAGGUUCUUGCUAUGUUUACCAGAACUCAGCCAUGAGCCGAUACACCCUCAUCGCUGGACUGGUCUACAAGGUGCUUGGGACAACCUUCUUUAUAGUCUCCUGUUUACUCUACAAACCCCCGCCACCAGAGUUGGCUCCGGGCAGCUCGGAUGCAUCUGAAAAUGGCAACUGUGACCUCCAGGAACACAAACCUUCGCUGCCGGCUGAAGAGGAUAUAUAGCGCUGUACACGUGCAAGUGACUUUCUCAGUCUCAAAAAUACGAUGAGAAGACAUUACGCACUCCCUAGGGGUUUUUAGAUUAAUGGUAAAAUUAUCACUUUUUUUAGUUCAAGAUAAAUAAUUUAAUUAACCACUGGUGUGCUUGCUAUUAACAGCAGAAGCACAUUUAAAAUUGUGCGCUGAUGCCAUAUGCAGUUAUUUAAUUUUAUUUAAAGAAAGGGCUACCACAGCUUUAUUCUAUGUCUGUGACAAGCAAGGACCGCAUCCUCCACUCGUGGAAAUAAGCACCGGUAACUCCAAUGGAGCAUGUGGGGUUUAAA